AUGGCCCCGACAAUGAGACCCGCCACUACGGGGGACGGGCCGGCCCUUGCCGCUGUCUACCUCUCAGCCUUCAGCGACAACCCAGUCGCGAAGACGUGCUUCCCGCCAGAUUCGCCAGAGUGCCGCCAGCUUCUAAGCGAGAUGUUUGCGGAAGAAGUGAGCGAUGCCCGUUCCCAUGUUUUCGUCAUCACCGAUCCGGAUUACAAGCAAGACCCGGACCUGGUUAUCGCCUGGGCCAAAUGGGUGCGGCCGGCAAGGGACGGCGAGGCGAACGUACCCCCGCCGCCACCGCAGGAUUUCUGGCCGGUGCAGGGCAACCCGGAGUUUGCAAACAGGUUCUUUGGGACCCUUGCAAGGAGGCACGCGGCCAUCAUGGGCGACGUGAGGCACUGGUACCUUGAGCUUGUAGUCAGUCGCAAAGACCAUCAAGGAAAAGGCGCGGCUACCCCUUUACUGCGCUGGGGUUGUGGCAGGGCUGAAGAGGAGGGGGUACCGAUAUUUCUGGAAUCGAUGCCCAAGGCAAAGGCAGUUUAUGAGAAGUACGGUUUUCAAACGGUGGACUACUUGGAGUUCCAAGUCCCGAGCGGGGAGACCAUUAGCCAGGACUUUAUGUUGAGGAAGGGAAAGAACAGCAAAGAUAAUGAGAGGAUCUUGGAAAACGUCAGGAACACGUGUUAG